AUGAAUGAAAAAAGCCCGAAACGCACCCCCAGAGCGCGACCGAGUGAAAUUGAAAAUUGUCUGGGCUACUUCUGGCAGAAGGGAUGGGGUUUGCCAAGCGUCGGUGGAAAGAAGCCGCCUCCUGCCCACAGGUGGUGUCGUUCUGUCGGGUUUCGUGCCCACGCCCGAAAAAAAGAGGUUCAAAAGGGUCCCGCGCAGGAUAGCGAGGAACGCCCCCAACGGAGGAGGGAAAUGGACAUUUUCGGUGAAGGCGGCCGGAAAAGAGAUGAAGAAAAAGAAAAAGAUGAACACAUCAACCGGGAAAAACGCUUAACAUGUUUAGUGCCCGCGGGAAAUGGCGUCGCCACCCGUUAA